CUUCCCCUCACCGCACUCUCAAGCGCACUAAAAAUCCAAGUAAUGCAGGGAGAUAUAAAUGCUGCUGUCCGAAAAUCUGCGUCGUAAAAGCACCAGCACAAAUUGUCAAAGAUUGGAUGUCGACAAACUCCAGUGUCGACAAACUCCAGCGUCGACAAACUCCAGCGUCGACAAACUCCAGCGUCGACAAACUCCAGCGUCGACAAACUCCAGCGUCGACAAACUCCAGCGUCGACAAACUCCAGCGUCGACAAACUCCAGCGUCGACAUCUUCCAGCACUCUAAGCAGCAACCAUACUUUAGAGGUAAACCUAAGUAAUUUACGACGUUGUGUUCAACAGCCAGAUUGUACAGAGUUAAAAGGUUGGGAGCGCCCAGUGCAGGAUUUAGCAUUCAAUCUGCAACACGAGAAGAUGGAUAGAAAGACAGCAAGCAGUAAGUCACUUAGUAAUUAUCUUUUGUCUGCAAUCAUGAGUUGUUUUUUUUAUAUGUAGUAGAGUGAGUGUUGUCAAUGAGUUACAGGGUAUUAAAUAUGUCUAUAUAGUCAAGGCUAAGAAAGUAAAGUCAGAGA